AUGGCCUGGAGUCGUGUAGUCCUGUUGUUGCUGGUGGCGGCCACUCUGGGGCCAGGGUUGAGCCACCGGCCACAGCCCGAGCCUGGCCUCCCAGGCCUGCGGUACAGCUACGACUGUGGGGUCCAGGGUAUGCAGCUGCUGGUGCUCCCCGGGCCAGGCCGGACGGUCCGCUUCAAGGUGGUGGAUGAAUUUGGAAACCAGUUGGACGUGAACAACUGUUCCAUCUGCUACCACUGGAUCACCUCCAAGCCCCAGGGGGCUGUGGUAUUCUCUGCUGAUUACAGAGGCUGCCACGUGCUGGAGAAGGAUGGGCGUUCCCACCUGACGGUGAUUGUAGAAGCCCUGCUGCCUGAUGGCCUUGUUGAUGCAGUACAAGAUGCCACUUUGAUCUGUCCUAAGCCCGACAGCUCCUGGACUCUGGACUCCCACUUGGUGCCACCCACCAUGUCUUCACUCUCUACCCCUCAUGCUGUUUCCCUCCACCCCACCUCUGGCCACCCCUCCCCUGGCUCCAGCCAUGCCUUUCCCAGUCUGCUGUUACCAGAUCACAGCUCCAUCCAUCCAACCCCUGCCUCAUCAUCCCUGGGACCUGGACCUACAGGCUCCACCCUGGCUCAACCCCAGCAGAACACCCUGGAACACUGGGAUGUCGACAAGCCAGCUUACAUAGGUACCCAUCUGACCCAGGAGCAGUGCAGGGUGGCCACUGGGCACAUCCCCUGCACAGUAAGAAGAAAUUCAAAAGAAGCCUGUCAGCAGGCUGGCUGCUGCUAUGACAAUACCAGAGAGGUUCCGUGUUACUAUAGCAACACAGCUACUGUGCAGUGCUUCAGAGAUGGCUACCUCGUCCUGGUGGUGUCCCAAGAAACAGCCUUGGCACACAGGAUCACACUGGCCAAUGUCCACCUGGCCUAUGCCCCCACCAGCUGCCCCCCAGCCCAGAAGACAGGUGCUUUUGUGGUCUUCCGAUUCCCUCUCACUCACUGUGGCACCACAGUCCAGGUGGCUGGCAACCAGCUCAUCUAUGAGAACCAGCUGGUGUCUGACAUCGAUGUCCAAAUGGGACCCCGGGGCUCCAUCACAUGGGACAGCACCUUCCGGCUUCAUGUCCGCUGUAUCUUCAACGCCAGUGACUUCCUGCCUGUCCAGGCCUCCGUCUUCCCACACCCGCCGCCUGGCCCUGUGACCCAGUCUGGCCCCCUGAGGCUUGAGCUUCGGAUUGCCAAGGACAAGACCUUCAGCUCCUACUAUGGGGAGGAAGACUACCCCGUCUUGAAGCUGCUCCAGGAGCCGGUCCACGUGGAGGUCCGGCUCCUGCAGAGGACAGACCCUAGCCUGGCCUUGGUGCUGCACCAGUGCUGGGCCACGCCCGGCACCAACCCCUUCCAGCAGCCUCAGUGGCCCAUCCUGUCAGACGGGUGUCCUUUUGACGGCGACGGCUACAGAACCCAAAUGCUGACCUUGGACGGGACCACACUGCCCUUCCCAUCUCACUACCAGCGCUUCACUGUGGCCACUUUCGCCUUUCUGGACAAGGGCUCCCACAGGGCCCUCAGGGGACCGGUCUACUUCUUCUGCAGCGCUUCUGCCUGUCACCCCUCGGCGCUGGGGACUUGCUCUACGCCGUGUAGCUCUGGGACUUCCAGACGGCGACGGUUCUCGGGUCACCACAACGCUUCCAGGCCCCAGGACAUUGCGAGUUCUCCAGGGCUGGUGGGCUUUGAGGACUCUAGCGGACAGGAGCCUACACUGGGGCCCACAGGCUCCACCAGGAACUCCAACUCCAAGCUACUCCUCUGGGUGAUCCUGCUGCUGCUGGCUGUUGCCCUGGUCCUGGUGGUCAGCAUCUUCAUGGGCCUGAGCCAGGCCUGGGCCCAGAAGCUCCAGGAAAGCAGCAAAGGGUGA